AUGGAUUUCAAAGAUUCACCUGCCCCGGCGCUGUCCGUGCAGCUCCCGAAUGAGCCUGUGACCCAUGGUAAAACUGACAGCCCCUUGGAGCCGAUAGCAAUAGUUGGAUUUGGAUUGCGUCUACCUGGGGCAAUUCAUACCGGGGAAGAACUCUGGAAGCUUAUCACAGAGAAGCGGUCCACGCGAAGCAAGAUACCCCAAAGUCGGUUUAAUGUGAACGGAUUCUAUAGCCCAACUGGACGAGCAGGAUCGGUCACGAUGAAACAUGGACACUUUCUCGCAGAGAGUGAUAACCUCAAAUAUUUUGAUACUUCCUUCUUCUCGAUGAGUCCAAAGGAGGCGGACGAUGUUGACCCCCAGCAACGGAUGCUGCUCGAAGUUGUCUACGAAUGCAUGCAAUCCUCAGGUCAAGUGAACUGGCGCGGCAGCAAAAUUGGCUGUUAUGUUGGAGUCUGGGGCGAGGACUGGUUGGAUCUCCAUGCCAAGGAUAUCCAGGAUGCAGGGAUGUUCCGAGUCCUUGGAGGGCACGAUCUGUCCCUCUCUAAUCGAAUAAGUUACGAAUACGAUUUGAAAGGCCCCUCUUUCACCAUCAAAGCCGGGUGUUCAUCGUCCUUGAUUGCUUUGCAUGAAGCUAUCCGAGCCAUUCGUGCGGGCGAUUGUUCCGGGGCACUGGUUGCGGGUACGAAUCUUAUUUUCUCGCCCACAAUGUCCAUUGCCACGGCGGAGCAAGGUACACUAUCACCUGACGGUUCGUGCAAAUCUUUCGAUGUGGCAGCGAACGGAUAUGCCAGGGGGGAAGCCAUCAAUGUCAUCUAUGUCAAGUCCCUUGGAGAGGCGAUCAAAAUUGGCGAUGCAAUUCGUGCCGUCAUCAGGGCGACUGCGACGAAUUUCGACGGCGGAACGCCAAGAAUGGCGACGCCCAGCUCUGAUGCACAUGAGGCAUUGGUCCGUCAAGCAUAUCGAGAAGUGUCGCUCAACCCUAAGCAAACCGUUUUUGUUGAGGCUCAUGGGACAGGUACACCUGAUCCAGUCUACAUUGGAAGCGUCAAGCCGAACCUGGGCCAUAGUGAGGGCGCUUGCGGGGUAUCGUCAGUUGUGAAGGUCAUACUGGCGUUGGAGAAUAUGAGAAUUCCAGCGAACAUAAAUUUCUCGAUUCCGAACUCGAAAAUUCCCUUCAAGGAGGCUAACAUGGAGGUCCCAGUCGACGUGAUGAAAUGGCCGUCCAAUAAGCCGCUGAGAGCGAGCGUAAACUCCUUUGGUAUUGCGGGAGCAAAUGCACAUGUCAUUCUCGAGAGUGUUACACCUUCCAUGUCUCAAAAUACUACCCCCAACGCCGAUAGCCAGGACCCUAAGGCCAUCCGUGGAAGCUUAAAGUCGCUUCCCCAUCCUCGGAAGUUCAUCCACGUAAUAUCAGCAGCACACCCAGUGUCACUGACACAGAGUCUACUCGAGCAUGAACGAUAUAUCCGUUGCAAUCCGUCUCUGAUGGCGGAAAUAUCAUACACUUUGUGCAAUCGGCGGGAACACCUAGCUAACAGAGUCUACUGUGUCACCAGUACAUCACACGAUGCCUUGGUCUUCUCUCGCUUGACCAAAAUCAAGGAGAAGCCCACGAUAACAAUGGCCUUCCCUGGUCAAGGGUCCCAAUGGGCAGGAAUGGCCAAAGAGCUGAUAAUUGACUAUCCCUCCUUCGACGAAGACAUUACUGAUAUGAGCGCCGUACUGGCCAGACUGGAACAUGCCCCUUCUUGGAAUCUCAGAGACGAACUGUUGGGGCCAGAACGCACUAGCAAUUUAACCAAGUCAGAGUACUCCCAGCCGCUAGUCACGGCUGUUCAGGUGGCAUUAGUGAACCUUCUCCGUCAAUGGGGCAUUCGGCCUGACGCAGUAGUUGGUCACUCCAGUGGAGAGAUCGCAGCCGCUUACGCUUCAAGGGCGAUCACAGCCGGGGAAGCAAUAACAAUCGCAUAUUACCGUGGGUACCUGACCAAAGGAUACCCACGACCGGGUGGGAUGGCCACCAUAGGGCUUGGCUAUAAGGAAGUCGCCCGCUAUUUGACUCAAGGGAUCGUGAUAGCGUGCGAAAAUAGCCCGCAGAGUAUUACGCUAUCAGGGGAUCUUGGUGUCUUGGAAAAGGCCUGUGAAGCAAUCAAGAGAGACAAUCCGGGGUGUUUCGUUCGUAGGUUGAAUGUGGAGAUGGGAUAUCAUUCUCAUCAUAUCCUGGAUAUUGGCGAAUUCAUUGAGUCCUUCCUGUGCCAGCAUGUCCACAGCAAGGUUCCUGUAGUGCCCUUUUUCUCGAGUGUCUACGAAAAGAGAAUAGAAGGGCCAGGUCGUUUAGAUGCGGGCUACUGGCGAGAAAACGCGGAAAAGCCGGUCCUAUUCUAUGGUGCUGUCAAGCAUUUGAGGGACAGCGAAGGAUCCACCGAGCAUCUUUUCCUCGAGAUGGGUCCACAUAGUGCCCUCAAAGGGCCGCUCCGACAGAUUUCCCAAGAAGCUAACCGGUUUAAAGACAUUUACCUCGCAGCCAUGACCAAAGGUAAGGACUGUACCGAAUCCAUACUUCACAUGGUCGGGGAGCUAUACUUGAACAAUGUAUCAUUGGAUUUCCAGAAGAUCUGCCCAGCAAGGCGCUUGCUCACUAACUUGCCACUAUACCAGUGGCACCAUGAGCAUGAGUAUUGGUCUGAAAGCAGAAUGUGCAAAGAGUGGAGGUCCCGUAAAAUUCCUCACCACGAAUUACUGGGCUCUCGCACCCUGGAGGGCAACGACCUACGACCCGAAUGGCGCAACAUGCUUCGUUUAGAAGACGUGCCAUGGCUUCGAGAUCAUCGAAUUAUCAAUGAUACCGUAUUCCCCUGUGCAGGCUACCUUGCAAUGGCAGUGGAGGCCAUGCGACAGAUCUCCUCAGACGACCGUUGCACCUUCCGGGAUGUCAUGGUGCACACAGCAUUAAUAUUGAAUGAGUCCAAGACAGUUGAGAUGAUCACGAAUCUACACCCUAUCCGGCUUAUCACUAUGUUGGACUCUGACUGGUGGGAAUUCAGCAUAAUCUCGUUCAACGAGACUGCCUGGAUCAAGCACUGUGUAGGCCAGAUCCGAGCGGGGGGCACGCAUCCUACCUCAAUACCGCCCUCUUCCCAGUAUCCCCGGUCAGCCAACGGCCUGUAUGCAAUGAUGAAGAAAAUCGGUCUUAACUAUGGCCCAUGUUUCCGAGGUUUGACUGGAGUGACUUGUCUACCGGGUAAGAACGUGGCUUCUGCCAGGCUAGUGGCAACUACGGUAUCUGAACCUCCCUACGUCGUUCACCCAACAACCAUAGAUCACUGUCUGCAACUGUUGGUUCCAGCAAGUUGUGGCGGUAUUUACCGUCGCAUGUCCCAUUUAUGUGUUCCAACAAGGAUCGAGCAAAUCUAUAUCAGUGGCAGCAGGAGUUCCACGGAUGCGGUCGUCGAGGCUGCUGCCACAACUAGCUCUACCAGUGCGAUUUCUGGGAAAGUGGUAGCGAAGUCCGAAAAAGGCAUUUUUCUGUCUCUAGCGGGAGUCAGAUAUUCCCCUUUGGAAACAAAUUCAAUAGCGGACAAGCCUGAUACGAUCGGGGCGGCUAAAUUACACUGGAAGCCCCACCUUCAACUGAACAUGAUACAUUUCAUGAUCAAAACCAGCGAGGGCUCAAGAAAAGGCUCAGCAAACCUUGAACGACUGGAAAAACUGGCACUUCUGUGUAUGCACCUACAGAAGUUCCGCUCGUGGAUUGGGCUCCAAAUAGUUAGGGCAUGGAACAACAAGUACGACUUGCUUCCAAAUGCAGAGGAGAUGUUAUUUCACAGCACUGAUGCCCGGCUCGCAUUAAUUCAUGAGUUGAAACACCUCGUGUCGCAAACCGACGCUGGAAUCGUAGCCGAGCUCAUCACCAGGAUUCUAGAUAAUUGCAUUGCUCUCACCCAGGGGCAAGUGGACAGUCUUGAAUUACUCCAAGCAGACAACGGACUUGGCAAGUAUUAUGAUUUCGCCGAGUCUAGAACAAACUCAGUCAAGUUCUUCGCUUCUGCAGGCCAUACAAAUCCCACCUUGAGGGUGCUCGAGAUUGGGGCUGGCACCGGAAGCGUCACGGCAACAGCCCUGCGAGGUCUAACCACAUCCUCUGGCCCGGAGUGUGACCGCCUGUACUCACUGUACACCUUUACUGAUAUUUCCGCUGGAUUCUUUCCCGCAGCGCAGGAAAGGUUCAAAGAAUAUCAAGGACUGGAAUUCAAGAUGCUUGACAUCACGAAAGACCCAAUCGAACAAGGUUUUGAGGCCAAAUCAUACGAUUUGAUCAUUGCAAGCAAUGUUCUACAUGCCACUCCCAUAAUCCACGGCACUCUGGUUAACGUGCGAAAGCUGCUUGCUCCCCGAGGUUACCUAUUUCUGCAAGAAUUAUGCCCAACGAUAAGGGCUACGAGCCUAAUUAUGGGAAUAUUGCCAGGAUGGUGGCUGGGCGAGAAUGAUGGGAGAGUUGAUGAGCCGUUCAUGCCUUCCCACAAGUGGGAAUACGCUCUGAAACGGGCAGGGUACUCGAAGGCUGCCGAAGUCUUCGACGGCCCUCGCCCAUAUCACAUCAACGUCAAUAUGGUCUAUCGGCCUGCACAACUCCUACCCAAUAUUCAUCGCGUGACUCUACUCCACAAUGUUGGACAGGAUAUUGAGCAUCUCCUAGAUACGCUAACGAUCCGUGGAUAUCAGGUCGACUUGAGCACACUUCAAGAUGGGCCUCCACCGGAUCAAGACAUUAUCUCAGUUUUGGUGCUCGAAGCACCGCUCUUUGCGAACGUAUCCCACGAAGAUCUGAUAGCCUUCCAGAGAAUGGUGGCUAGACAAGGGAACAGCAAGAUACUGUGGCUCAUUCCGGCGGCCCAAUAUGAAGUAAGUUCAUCACCCGAGUUUGGCCUCACCCUUGGCCUCGCUCGAAUGCUACGAGCAGAGAACUCUGUCUCAUUCGCAACACUGGAAUCAAAUUGGCUCAAAGAUCGAUUCGGCCUACUGAUAGUGAAGAUAUUCGAAGACCUUCACAGCCAUGAUUCACAGGGAUCACUCGAUGCAGAUAGCGAGUUCUUCAUCCGUAAUGGGACCAUUCUAGUAGGACGAUAUUAUCCGGCCUCAGUGGCCCACGACCUGGCAAUCACGGCAUCCAAGCCUUGCACUGCUAAGUUGGCCAUCGGGCGCCCCGGACUUUUGCAAACUCUACAAUGGACCCCUUUGACAACAAGAGAACCUGAGCACGGUGAAGUGGUCAUUCAGCCGCAAUUAAGUAUCGGGCUGGAAGGCUCCGGUGUGGUAACAGAGGUAGGUACUGGAGUAACCGACCUUCACAUUGGCGACCGAGUUAUUUACCUCAACAAAAAUUGCUUUGCAACCCGUAUCACGAUUUCAGCUACGAAAUGCGCCAAGAUCCCGCAAAACAUUUCAUAUGAGGAAGCUGCCACUCUGCCUGCCGUCUAUGCUACUGUCAUCCACUCGCUUCUAGACAUCGGUGGUCUACAGAGCGGCCAGUCAGUGCUGAUUCACUCCGCAUGUGGAGGCAUUGGGAUCGCAGCCUUGAACAUCUGCCAGAGCAUUGGUAGAGUCCAGGUUUAUACAACUGUCGGAAACGAGGAAAAGGCCCGUUAUCUUACAGAAGCCUUCAGUAUCCCUCGCACUCCAUGUGGUAAAAUGCUUGAAAUAGGAAAGGAAGACAUUGUUGGAAAGGCCCAGUUGAACAUGGGUCUCUUCGAGGCAAAUAGAAGCUUUAUUGGUAUCGAUUUGAAUGGACUUGACACUUCGAAGCGUCACCGGCUACUUGUCUGUACCCUUCAAAUGCUCGAAUCAGGAGACAUCAAGCCUAUUUCACCCAUGACAGUCUUCCCUGCCGUUCAGAUUGAGGACAGUUUCCGUUACAUGCAGAAAGGCGCGCACAUGGGGAAGAUCAUCGUGACAAUUCCAGAGGGAGGGCAGGACUUACCACUAGCUGCAACUACUCCUGACCUGACUCUAAGCGCCGAUGCCUCUUAUCUUCUUGUUGGCGGGAUGGGCGGCCUGGGCCGAGCAAUAGCGACCUGGCUCGUCGAGAGAGGCGCCAGAUACCUCAUCUUCUUCUCCCGAUCGGCCGGAACAUCAGAGCAGGACCUACGAUUUAUUGAAGAGCUAGAAUGUCAGAGUUGCAGUGUCCAAACCAUUCAAGGCAGUGUCAUAAACAAAGAAGACGUUAUGAACAUCACCCAAGUCGCAAAGAAACCAAUCAAGGGGGUCUUCCAACUGUCAAUGGUACUUCAAGACAAGCCAUUCAUGGAAAUGGAUCUCUCAGACUGGACCGCCGCAAUUGAACCAAAAGUUCAAGGAACAUGGAAUCUACACCAUGCGAUGCCGGAAGUUCUGGACUUCUUCUUCGUUGCUGGAUCCAUUAGCGGGAGUCUAGGUCUCCCCGCCUCAGUCUUACACAUCGGUCUCAUGGACGACAUUGGCUAUCUAGCUAAAAACAGUGACAAAGCAGAUGCUCUUCGCGCCGCGGACGGGUACUUUCUCAGAGAGAUGGACCUCUUGGAUUCACUCAAUUGGGCCAUUGUCAAAUCCGCAGUGGAUCCAAUGGAAGAUGGAUCAUUAACAAUCGGGCUACGCUGCGACAAGCCUCUCUCCGAUCCUUCCAAUCGUAUAAUGUGGAGAAAGGACCCUCGCAUGGCAGUCUUUCACAACAUAUAUAAUGAGGCACCAGCCAAUAGCAGUGAAGCAGAUCCGGAAACAGUGCUUGAUGGCCCUGUUUCAGUGGAAGUAGUAACACAUGAAUUGGCUGUCAAGAUCUACACUUUCAUGCUACAGCCAUUGGAGGAUCUAGAUGUGGGCGUAUCACCAGCCGCGCUGGGCAUUGAUUCCCUUGUCACUAUUGAGAUCAGGAACUGGAUGAAGAGAUGCCUGGGCGGCAUUGAGAUCAGCACAUUGGAGAUCUUGAAUGCAGGGUCCAUUGCUAAUCUAGGGAUGCUGAUAAUCGAGGCGCUGAAGAAGAAGUUCGUUUCACAGAUUGCGAGAGCGGAAGGGGGUGCGUAA